GCUAAUCCAGAUCUAAUUGGGAUAAUGGAACCUGUCUUGCACCAGUGGCUUGGAACCUUUGUUAUGUGUUUAUGAUGGGAGUGUUUGGGAGGGGGAGUUGGUUAGACAGCUACUAGAUAAGCUUACAUGUAUGAGAACAUCCUCAGGUCACAUUACCAGGGCUGUGGCAUGCAAAGUGCCAAAGAAACACUUAGGACACUCCAUUUAUUUUUCUUGGUUCUUCAAGAGUAUCACUUCAGGGUUAUCCUCAAUAAGCUACAUAGUUUACCAUUUCCUCGUCAUUCAUAUGUUAAUUAACGAUUAAGGAAGGAUUGAGUGUUACUAUAUUUUCUUUUUGCACAGAAUGGAUGAGUACCCAGAAAGGAAGACUGCUGUUAUUGCAGCCAAAGUGACUGGUCCAGGUCCUGGUCGUUACAACCUACCUCCCACUGUGGGUUUUGUAAGUCACGAUUACACGAAGUUCUCCAGUCCAGCAUAUUCUUUCCAUGGAAGGCCAAGCAACUCUGCACAUGUGAGCGAUUCCAGCCCUGGGCCUAGAUAUUAUGUGGAGCCCAGUCUGACCCGCUUUGGCCACAGUGCUGGACCAUCCUAUUCCAUGCUAGCACGUGGGAGAUCAGCAGACAAAAAGAUUGAGGUUCCUGGCCCUGGAACUUACUGUCCAGAGAAGUGUAUGACUCAGCGCAAAGUCCCUUCUUAUUCUAUGGGAUCCCGGACACGUUACAGGUCCUUGGAUCGUGUACCAGCACCUAACUCUUACUCACUACCCCCAGUGUUGGGGCCCAGGGCAGCUGGGAAAGUCUCUGCCCCUGCCUUCUCCCUCUCUGGGAAAUACCACCAUGGUGGUCAUUCAGAAGAUCUGUCUGGGACUCCUGGUCCAGCUCACUAUCAGCAAACUGACCCAAGUAGAUAUUUGAGGAAGGGGCCAGCUUUCUCUAUGCAAGGAAGACACCCAAAUUCCAAAGCAGAAGAGAAGACACCAGGACCUGGCUCUCACUAUCCAGAGAAAGUGACUAAGCAUAAAAGGCGUGCACCAGCUUAUUCGAUGGGUAUACGUCACUCUGAAUACACAGCACCACUCAUUGUAGAGGUGCCUAUUUGAGCUGCUACAAUGUAAAUUUCAUUAUAUCAUCUCUCAUAAUGCACCCAGAGUAACACUUUCAGCUUUCACAAAGUAGUAAUUUUGCCCUCUGUUCCUGCUCACAGAUAUUUGUCUGCUAAGCUCUGUCUCACCAUGUCCCCUUCUAUUUUUGCUUCGCUCCCCUUGCCUUCUUAAUGUACGUCACAGAUGUCUCCAAGCUCCCUAUCUAGUUAUAUAAAGAGAAUAAAUUAUGCAGAAUCUGGUUGAGUUUUAUGCAAACAAGUGUCUCCAGUAAUGAGAUUUUACAGAUCCUUGUGUAUGAGAUCGGAG